AGAAGAAGGACGUAAUUUGUGGUAACACCAUCGCUUCUUCCUCUCAAAACAACUCCGCAUGCAGACAACUAGCUGAAGUUGAAAACAAACGUAACUUAUUGAGUUGUAUCACUUGUUGGACAACCCGACUCUAAUUCUGUAGUAUCAUGUCCCCUCAGAGAACAUCUAAUUUAAAGUUUGUUUAAAGUAAUCGCCGAUGAGAGUAUACAACAAGGACUAACGUCAGCUGCACAUGCUAACUAACUAGCUCGUUAGCUGUGAUGGCAACUCCUCUGAUUUCCGCUCCUUUGUUAAGUCAAAGGGAACGCCGGGCUGCUCUGAGGAAAGAGAGAAGAAAAAAGAAACGCCAAGCUCUCGCCCAAGCCAGAGAAAGUGGUUUAAAACAUGGAGGAAGCCCUGCACAUGAAGUGGAGGAAGAAGAAGAAAUAAAUGAAGAUGACGUUGCUGUGGAAGAAAGACUGCGGCUGCAUACAGAGUGGUUGGAAAGAGAGAGGCUUGCCCAGGAGGAGUUCAGGCUGAGGGCUGAGAGGGAGGAGGCUGUAAGGAAAAGAAAAGAGGAGGAAGAGCGAAUGAUAAAGGAGGAAUGGGAGGCCCAGCAGAAGAAAGAAGAAGAAGAAAAAGAACAGAAGCAGCAGGACAAGCGAGACAGAGAGGAGGCCGUUCAGAAAAUGUUGGAUGAAGCAGAAAAUCAGUUAGAGAAUGGAGGAGCGUGGAUGAAUCCCGAGGCUCCUGGGACAAAGAGCUCGGAGAACUUUGGGACGGAGCGGGACGUGGCAAACUGUCCUUUCUUCCUGAAGACCGGGGCGUGUCGAUUUGGAGACAGAUGUUCUCGGAAGCAUGUUUAUCCCACAGCCAGCCCGACUCUGAUGAUCCGGGGAAUGUUUACGACGUUCGGCUUGCAGCAGUCGCGCCGCGAUGAUUACGACAUUGAUGCUUCUUUGGAAUACAGCGAGGAGGAGCUGCAGGAGACUUUCCUCGACUUCUACCAGGACGUCCUGCCGGAGCUGAAGAGUGUCGGCAAGGUGGUGCAAUUCAAGGUCAGCUGCAAUUAUGAACCACACCUGCGAGGAAAUGUUUACAUUCAGUUUGACACAGAGGAGCAGUGCAUGGAGGCCAUCAUCAGGUUCAAUGGGAGGUGGUACGCAGGCCGGCAGCUUCACUGUGAGAUGUGUCCUGUUACUCGGUGGAAGAAUGCUAUAUGUGGGUUGUACGACAGACAGAAGUGCCCCAAAGGGAAGCACUGUAACUUCCUGCACGUAUUUCGAAACCCUGGCAAUGAAUUUUGGGAGGCGGACAGGGACCUGCAUCUGUCUCCAGACCGCAGCGUCAGGGGGAGUCGCAGAGACGGGUGGCAAUCGGAAAGAUACGGAGACAGAUCGUGGAGGCAACGUCAGAACAGCAGAAGCCCCCCGAGAUCUGAGAGAUCCCAUAGCAGACGAGAGGGAGACAGACGGAGGAGCAGGAGCAGAGAGAGCAGGGCGUCCCAGCAGCACCGAGAGGACAGACGGUCAUCCAGACACAGUGACAGAAAGAACAACUGGUAUCUGAGCAAGAGUAAGGAUAGGUCGAGGAGUAGAAGUAGAGACAGAGAGCCAAACAGAAGUAGAGAUAAAGACAGGGAGCACAAGAAUAGAAGUGAAGAGACAGACAGUAGAGACACAGAAACACAUGAAGAAGUGAGGAAAAGGUCGAGAAGCACAAGCAGAGAAAGGAAGAAACGCAGUACAGAAAAGAGCCCCAAGAAACCAGAUACUAUUGAGGAGACCAAAACACGCCGCCGCCACAAACAAUCCAAAAAGGGCAAGAAAAAGAGCAAAAAGAAGCAUAAGAAGAAAAGCCAUCUGCCUGAAGAAGUGACCUCAUCUGGAGAGUCAGAGAAGGAGAAAGAGUCGGAGGACGAGAGAGUGGAGGGUGUCCCUGCAGCGAGUCCUAGUGGGGCAGGUCAGAAAAACCAUGAUUUUGAUCAAGGUCUGGGAGUUGACAGGGAGCUUUGUCCUGAGGUGAAACAUGAACAGUCUAUCACAGAAAUGCUGAAUGAGGCCGCCAGAGAAGGUGACAUGAGUAACUCUUAGUUACCUUUCAAAAUAUAUGAAUUGGUUCUGGCUUUUCUCCUCGACAUGUUUUUAGCAAGUUAGCACCUGUCACCAAUGCACAUGUACAUAUGUGAAUAUUUGUAGCUUUUGUAAAGUGGUUAACGUCGCUUCAAUUAUCGGACGCUGGAGCUGCAGAACAACAUGGUUAUUGAUGCUGAGUAAAAACAAUAUGAAAAAACAUCAAAA